AUGACAUUUAAUUCGUCUCCCUCCUCAUCCAAUUUAACUUAUGUCGAUGAUAUUUAUCAUCAUUACGAAACUAAUACAUCACCUUUAAACAAUCGUUAUCAAUUUAUUAGACAUUUACAAAAUGGUUCAUUUGGUAAAGUAUCUUUAGCCUUAGAUUUAUCCACUAAUCAAGAAGUUAGUCUCAAAUCAAUCUCAAAAUCAACUAGUAACACUGUUAAUGGUCCUACUGUUGAAACAGCUCUUAAUGAGAUUAAACUUCUUAAAUCACUUAAAGAUGGACCUAAUAUUUGUCAAUUACUCGACGCUUUUGAAAUCAAUGAUUACAUUAUUCUUGUUCUUGAAUAUUGUUCUCAAGGUGAUUUAUAUGAUUUGAUUCAUAAAAGAUCAUUGACUAUGUCUGAAAUUUUAUCCCUUUCCAAUCAAUUAAGUACAACCAUUAACUAUUGUCAUUCAAUUGGUAUUUAUCAUCGUGAUAUUAAACCUGAAAAUAUCCUUAUUGAUUCAAACUCCAAUUUCAAACUUUGUGAUUGGGGAUUAGCCACUACAACUAGAAUUAGUAAUGAGUUUAAUGUUGGUACAGAGAAGUACAUGGCUCCAGAAUGUUUCUUAAAGAAUCCAACAACAAAAAAGUACUUUACUAAGACUUAUGAUUGCGUUUAUAGUGAUUAUUGGUCAAUUGGAAUUACACUUUUAAGUGCAAUUUUUGGUACAUGCCCAUUCAAAUCUAAUAACGCUUCUAUUCAAGCCGAUUCAAAUUUCAAGAAUUUUGUUAAUUUAAAUAAUCCUUCAGUGUUAUAUGAUAUUUAUCCAUUAAUGAAUUCAAAUUGUUUUGAAAUCUUUAUGAAUUUAUUAAAGGUUGGUAAUGAAGAAGAUGAUUUACUUACUUUUGAAGAGAAAAUCAGGAAGCGUGACUUGAAAUCAUUCAUGAAUGAUUUAAAUGCAAGGGCUAUAAAUGGAUUUACUGUUGAUGACGCUGAUUUUGAUGAUGAAGUUGAAGACGAAGAGUUUGAACGUAAUUCAGAUGAAGCUAGUUUAUUUGACAUGGAUCACGAUGACUUACAAUUCAUGUCUCAUGCUAGUCGUAAAUCAACAAUUACAUCAGGUUCAGAAAAGGAAGAGGAUAAAGAGUUUAUUGAUGGAUCUGAUGAUGAUUAUGUUUUGCUUGAAUAUAACAAAAACACAAUUCCAAUUGUUCAAGCCAGAACAAUGAUUCCUCAUGUUCAUCAUCAUCAACAUCAACAUCAUAGUUAUUCAAAAUUGCCACCAUCAUUGAUUGAAUCGUCUAUUAAAUCGACAAAGUCUUGGUGUGAUUUUGAUGAUGAUUAUAAUGAAGAUGGUCAUUAUGAUUUUAAUUAUGAAUUGAUUAAUAAUUUAACCAUCGAGGAAGAGCUUCCUUCCACUAUAAUUGCUACCACACACUCUAACCAAUCUAGUCUGACUGUUGAUGCAGGAGUAGUUAGUACUACUCCAGCAAGAGAAGAUUCCCCUACUUCAACAAAUACAUCAACCAUGGUAUCACCAUUAAAGGAUUCAAAACAUCCAAUUCGUAUAGUUGAAGUUGAAUUGUUAUAUCCAGAAGGGUGUAAAGAUUGGUAUGAGUGCACGUGA